AUUGACUUGUGAAUACAACUUGGGGAUACAUAUUGUGGAAUCAACUGCAAUUAAAACAUUACGAACUUGUGGUUAAGUGCGAAGAAAAUAUUUUUAUCAAUUUGAUUAGCCAACGAAAUAGACAUAAAAAUAGUAAUCACAGAGACCUACUUCUGUAUAAAAGAAAGAAAUUAAAUAAAAGAACUUUUUUUUAACGUAUACCAAAUAUGGGACGCAUUUUCCUCGAGCAUAUUGGCGGCUCGAAACUGUUCAAUUGUGCACAGUGCCAAACAAAUCUUACAAAUCGCAGUCAAUUGAUUAGUACACGUUUUACAGGUGCAACGGGUCGUGCUUAUCUUUUUAAACGAGUAGUUAACUUGAAGUUUAGUAAUGUACAGGAGCGGGUUAUGCUCACAGGUCGGCACAUGGUUCGCGAUGUAAUGUGCAAGAGUUGCGAUGCCAAGUUAGGCUGGAUGUAUGAAUAUGCCACCGAAGAUGCACAAAAAUACAAGGAAGGACGUGUCAUUCUUGAGUACGCACUUAUAAAUGAAACAGAGGGAUUCCAAGGUGAAAGUGGUACCAUUCAUUGAAUUAAAUAAUAAUUUUAGGGAAUUUCCAUAUAUUUAUCAUCGCCUACGAAGUCCACAUCGAGUCCGCUGCUAAGUCAGCUAUACUAGUAGUAACAUAGCACUUCUAGUUAUAAGUACUUUUCUUUAGUAUUCAACUUUUACCAAAUGUUACAUUUAUAGCAUAUUAAGUUAGCGUCCCUUGGUCAACAAUACGUUAAAAUCUCAAUAUUUUCCUAUAACAUUUUCUAAGAGAUACAUAAAAAUAUAUAAAUAUUUGGUUGUUUUAUCCCCCAUUUUGGUCUUUGUUAGGAGAAACUAAGAACAUAUUUUCUACAUAUACAUAUUAAGAGGCGUUCACAACUUGUCUAUAUCCUAACAUUAUCAUAAUUAUUAAGAUAUCUUUAGUUAAUUUGGCAUGUAAUUACUCUACAUGCCCGUUUAAGUUCUCUUAAUUAGUAAUUUAAAUCACUUAUUAUAUGACAUAAACAAUUUGAAAGAAAAUAAAAUGCCAAAUAAGAAGUUAAAAAAACUUGCGCCCGCUUAUCAGGGCACUGAACUCUGGCGUUCAUCGUCUCAAGCAAA